AUGGAUGGAUUGUUACUUAAUACCGAAGACAUUUAUACCUUGUCGCUGAAUGAAAUCCUUGCAACUUAUGGCAAAGGACCACUGACAUGGGAUGUUAAAAUUCAUUUACAGGGCUUACCUGGUGAGGAAGCCGGACAAAAAGUGAUUGACACAUAUGACCUGCCAAUCAGCUAUGAGGAAUACAACAGAUUGAAUCAUGAUAUCCAGGCUAGAAUGUGGGGCCAGUGUAAAUUUCUUCCCGGUGCUGUAGAGCUUAUUAAAUACCUGAAUUCUGAAAAAAUACCAAUUGCGCUCUGCACUUCAUCAGCUAAAAUCAAGUACCAGUUGAAGACAAAACAUUUGCAGGAGAAUUUUCAAUUGUUCGAUACAAUUGUCACUGGUGAUGACCCAAGAAUUCCAAAAGGAAGAGGAAAACCCUUCCCAAACAUUUGGCAGCUUGGAUUGAAGGAAUUAAUCGAAAAAUUUGGCACUGCUAUUGAACCACAGGAAUGUCUUGUUUUCGAAGAUGGUAUACCCGGAGUCAAAUCAGGGUUAGCAUUUGGCGCCAACGUUAUUUGGGUUCCUCAUCCUGGGGCCUACGAGUAUCUGGGUGACACGAAAAUGCUGUUGGGCAAUAAUGGCGAGCUUUUGAAGUCCCUAGAACUGUUGAACAAGUCAAAGUAUGGUUUAUGA